AAUGUAUAAUAAUGGUUAUAAUAUCUGCAUAUUAUGCCUAUUAAUAUCUUUAUAUGUAACUGAUUUUUAAUAACAGUCAACUUGCGAAGCAUUGUAUUUUACUGUUAUGUGAAUUAUCAAGUAUUUAACAAACAAUAAUGCCCAGAUAUAGAUGAUGGAAGAUGUUCAUUUAGGUAGUUGUUUUGCUUGUAACAUAACACAAUAUAAUAAUUAAUAAUAUUACAAUAUAAUAUUGUCCAAGGUGUAUUUAUCAGGUGUCGACACUCCGCUUAUCAAUUGAAUGAAAAAUCUACACCAGUUGAGAUUGACACCAUGAGCGCUAGCUACCCUUAGAGGGCCGAAAUCAUGGUGUAUACUAUAUUUAUAAUAUUCCUACAUUGGCCGAAAUUGAACUCGCCGAUACACUAUAUUACAUAUUAUUAUAAAAAUUCUUUUGACGGAUACCUUUAAUAUAAUUCCACUUCCUUUCCUUACUGUCUUACUAGUUCUAAAUACACCUUGACUAUAUUCAUAUAGUCUGUGGUAUAGUGGUAUACCUAUUUGAAUUACUAACAACUAUAUAAUAGGUAUGUAAUUAGGUAAAACAAGCUACUUACCACUUAGAACUUGGUAGUUAUCAGUUACGCUUAGUACUCUACUUACACUAUAGCGCACAUACACAAUAUCUUGACGUAUCGACCAAACCAAUUGUACCUAACUUGAGUAAAGUUUAACUGACCUAAUUUUAAGUCUACUAUCGAAAAGAUACUGUACCAGACGACAUGUACCGCGUUGCAACAUUGUUUACGUAAUUGACGGCCCACGACAUAAUUUUUGACUAUUCGUUAAUAAUACAUUUUUAAUUUGGGUAUACAGUUUUGAUUCUUCACUAACUAUAAAAAUUCAGCUUUGAAAUUAGAACUUGACAACAUUGUUUUGAGCACUCGAUUUCAAUAGCUGUCGUGGUAAUGUGGUCGGAUCCAUCGUCAUCAAACAUGGCUUAUGGAAACCAAUGGAUGAAUCCAACAUUUUAUAAAAACAUGACAAAUGAACAAGUGGAUUGGGCAAGUUUGGCUCAACAAUGGAUAAAAAUGAAAGAAACUUCACCCGCCAUAUACUCUGGACAACGAGUAAAGACCCCGCUUUCUGAACAAAGUUUGCACAAACUUGGUCAGCAUAUAGAUGUAUUACCUCAGAAUUUUUCAAAUGUAGCAGCAGUAACAAAUAAAAUGUUUAGUGAUCAUAAUAUUGCGAGUCCUGUUACAAGAAAUAAUAUUGAAAAACCAAGAACUUGGAAUACAUGGACUUGUCAGCAGCAACAACAAUCAAAUUUGAAUUGGCCAUCUACUUCAACAGCUCCGCCAACUAAAUCCGCACCAAUUAUAGAAUCAGUUAAUUCACUUACACCAUCUUUUGUACCUCCUAUAUUAUCCGAACCACCUCCAUCUUUCUCAAUGAUGACGCUAAACACACCAUUUCCAUCUAAUAAUUAUUGGGCAGGGCCUAAUACUACAGUCCUACCGCCUUCUGAAUCAGAUCAAUGGAAUAAACUUAAUGUGAUUUCCAAAGUGGAUGAUAAAACUCAAGAUCCAUCAUUUAUUGAUGCGGCAAAAAGAAAGCAAUUGCCUGCUUGGCUUCGAGAGGGACUUGAAAAAAUGGAAAGAGAAAAAAGACGUAAAAUUGAACAAAAACAAUCGUUUGUUGAACCUGAUUAUUCUAAUUCAAUGAAUGAAAAUUUUAUUCGAGAAUUGCCCAAUUCGCCAAUUAACUUUGAUCAUGAAAUUGAAAUGGUUGAUGAUGAUAUUGAACACGUGUCUUCCAAUUACAUCAAUGAACCUAGAAAAACUGAGUUUGUACAGAAUGACCCUUCUCCUCUCAUUCCACGUAAGACUAAAGCUCAAAUCUGGGAAGAUACGAUGUUAAGUCUACGAAAAAUUCUAACAAAAUUGUUAAUGGACGUUACUAAUGAUAUGAUGUUAAGUGUAGUUAAAGAGGUGUUAAAAACUACUGUACAAACAGAUAUUCAAGGAAAUCAAAGCCAAACAUCAUUAGCUGGUAAGCUAGGGCUCGGAGUUUAUGGUUCAGAAUCUGAGUCAUCAGAUGAAAGCGACGAAGAACAGCACUCAACUGGUCAUAGGCAACUAAAACAAGAUUCUGAUGAAGCUAUUCAAGAAAGAAUAUUGAAACGUCAACGUGAGUUCAGUAAUAUUGAAGCAAGGAUACUUAAAGAAUUGGAUCAACUAGAAGAUAAAGAAAAACUUGUGAGGUCUAAAUUUGAUAACAGUGUCAAGAUGAGCGAAGAAAUUAAUGAUAUUGGUAGUCAGGUAGUGGAAAACAUUCGGACGAAAGGGAAUAAUGAAGAUGCAGUAUCUAACCAAAAGAUUGACAAGAGUCAUGGUAUAGUCAAAAAUGAAUUACUUAAUGAUUUGAAUGUUAAAAAUGGACAGAAGAAAAAGAAAUCUAAAUCCAAAAGAUCAUCAAGUUCUAGUUUGUCAAGCAGUAGUAGUUAUAGUAUGAAAAGCGAUAAUACUAAUAGUAAAAUAUAUAAUUAUAAGAAAAACGAUAAAGGUCAAUCAAAAUCUUCGAACAAAAAAAUUUUAAAAGAUAGUGUAAAAAUAAAACAGAGAUCGCGUUUUAGAAAUAAAAGUAGAUCGCGUUCAAUACAUAGUAGUAGGCAACAUUCAAGAUAUUAUAGAAGAUCUCCACAUAGUUUUAGAUCAAGACGAAGUCGAUCGCCACUAUCACGUCAUUCAUAUUCCAGAAAGUAUAAAAGCAAACGAAAUAGUUCUUCUAGUUCAAAUGAAUCAAGAACUAAUAAAGAUCGGUAUAGACAAUAAUUUUCUGGUAAAAUUGUUAUUUUAAGAGAUUAAAAUUCUUAAUUAUUAUUUUAUUGAUAUUACUCAUUCAAUUUAUUUUAU